AUGCUUUUUCGGGUCUUCUUCUCCAACGGCGUCGAUGUAGUUGUUUUUUCCCCACACAAGUUUGGACUGAAUUUGGAGCAAAUAGAAGAAAAAAAAGAGACGAUGAGUUACACAAGAAGUAGAGGAGUGAAUCGGAGGGGAAGCAACUCCUGGAAAUCGAUUGGAGGAACAGGACGGUGCAGAUCUCUAAGUUUUUCAAUUCUUCAUGUUCAUUUCAAAUUUCGUGGUGUCAUAUAUUCGUACGGAUUUAGUCGUAGCUUAAUUUGGUAUUCUUCACUUGAAUUUCUUGGUAGCUGUCCAAGAUCGUUGUCGAUACAUAAACCAUGA